AUGACAACUCUCAAUCCAGCAACCCUCUCUUUCCUUCUCCUCUGGACCCUGCCAGGGCAGGUCCUCCUCAGGGUGGCCUUGGCAAAAGAGGAAGUCAAACCUGGGACCAAGGGGUCCCAGCCCAUGUCCCCCUCUGAUUUCCUGGACAAGCUUAUGGGGCGAACAUCCGGGUAUGAUGCCAGGAUUCGGCCUAAUUUUAAAGGCCCACCUGUGAAUGUGACCUGCAAUAUCUUCAUCAACAGUUUUGGCUCCAUCACUGAGACUACCAUGGACUACCGGGUGAAUGUCUUCUUGCGACAGCAGUGGAACGACCCACGCCUGGCCUACCGAGAAUAUCCUGAUGACUCGCUGGACCUCGAUCCCUCCAUGCUGGACUUGAUCUGGAAGCCAGACCUGUUCUUUGCCAAUGAGAAAGGGGCCAAUUUCCACGAGGUGACCACAGACAACAAGUUGCUGCGCAUCUUCAAGAAUGGAAACGUGCUCUACAGCAUCAGGCUGACUCUCAUUUUGUCCUGCCCGAUGGACCUCAAGAACUUCCCCAUGGACAUCCAGACCUGCACGAUGCAGCUGGAAAGCUUUGGCUACACCAUGAAUGACCUCAUGUUUGAGUGGCUGGAAGAUGCUCCUGCUGUCCAAGUGGCCGAGGGGUUGACUCUGCCUCAGUUUAUCUUGCGGGAUGAGAAGGAUCUAGGCUAUUGUACCAAGCACUACAACACAGGGAAAUUCACCUGCAUCGAGGUAAAGUUUCACCUGGAACGACAGAUGGGCUACUAUCUGAUUCAGAUGUAUAUCCCCAGCCUACUCAUCGUCAUCCUGUCCUGGGUCUCCUUCUGGAUCAACAUGGAUGCUGCCCCUGCCCGAGUGGGCCUAGGCAUCACCACUGUGCUCACCAUGACAACUCAGAGCUCUGGCUCCCGGGCCUCUUUGCCUAAGGUGUCCUAUGUGAAGGCAAUCGACAUCUGGAUGGCCGUGUGCCUGCUCUUUGUGUUCGCUGCCCUGCUGGAGUAUGCUGCUGUCAAUUUUGUCUCUCGUCAGCAUAAGGAAUUCAUUCGACUUCGAAGAAGGCAGAGGCGCCACCGCAUGGAGGAAGAUAUCAUCCAUGAAAGUCGCUUUUAUUUCCGUGGCUAUGGCCUGGGCCACUGCCUGCAGGCAAGGGAUGGAGGUGCAAUAGAAGGUUCUGGCAUUUAUAGCCCCCAACCUCCAGCCCCACUUCUAAGGGAAGGAGAAACCAUGCGAAAACUCUACGUGGACCAGGCCAAGAGGAUUGACACCAUUUCCCGAGCUGUCUUCCCUUUCACUUUCCUCAUCUUCAACAUCUUCUACUGGGUUGUCUAUAAAGUGCUACGGUCAGAAGAUAUCCACCAGGCACUAUGA